CUCCGAUUUGAAAGACGUAUUUGCUUCCGACGAGUCUCCUACACGUCCUGUCAGCUGGAAACCUCUACCCUUGGUGUCAUUGAUCCAUUGAUCCCAACAUUCACCGAAGAUCAGGCUCGCGAGCAGAGAAACCAUGACGGAAGCUAAAACGACAACUGUGCUCAACGGGGACUCACCGCGGUCGACUACUCUCCGGCACCUCCUAACUCUCCCGGCCGUCCAGGAUGGCGUGCGUGUAUUCAAGACCAACCCGGUCGGCAGAAUGUCGAUCCAGCUAGGCUACACGGCCUACAACAUGGUUGCCGCCCCGAUGAUGUCGCUCCUCAACAAGCCGCUGUCGUACGUGACGCCGUACGUACAGCGGGUGGACGAGUUCGGCGACCAGACGCUGUCCAAGGUGGAGGAGAAGUACCCAGUCGUCAAGAAGCCGUCUCCGGAGCUCAUCAACGAGGCCAAGAAGGUUGCCUACGCUCCUAUGCGCCACGUGACUGAGGUCUACAACGGCUCUCUCCAGAGGACCCCCGGCGGCUACGUCGUAGCCAGCGGCAAGGCGGCGGCCAAGACAGUAAUGUAUGUCUCCGCCGAGAGUGCCGUCUUUGCUCUGCGCGAAGCUAUGGACUUGACCGAUUCGCUUCAGAUUAAGAACCCGCUGGAGAAGGUGGUCAACCGGCUUGAGGCGUUCAUGAACCGUCACAACUCGGCCCCCACUACCAAUCAUGUUGCCCCGCAUCAGGACGCGUCUGUUAAGGCCACCAGCUCUUGAGGAGGGCUACCAGCACUGUGGCGUCGGGUACACUACACCUUGACCGCGCCGGUCAUAGACAGGGAAUUUCGGUUUUGACGAGGACAUUGAGGCCCAUCGCGAUGUUUGUGGCGGGACUGGGGAAGCAGACGUUGCGGUCCUGCUGUGCCUCGACGCUGAACCAGCGAACGCCCCUGUUUGGGUUGUGGUCAUUCCUUUGUACGGCUCAGGGUUUACUUUGUGAGGAUUAGUAUACUUGGCUGGGGAUGUUGAGU